AUGCACACAUAUACCAAGCCAAACCUCUCAAAUGUACUCGUUUUGCAAGAAACAACCCAGCGAAAAUUAAUUAACGUUAAUUUGGCAUCACAAGCCCCACUCACUGAACGCACAGCUGACUUUAUUCUGAGAGCUGAUCAAAAUCUCGAUAAAAUCUUGCCAAGGGAGGCGUUUCGAUAUUACACAACGGCGUUGACUUGGAUGCGAAUCAUCGAGACUAAGCGCAAUUCUUAUCAGUUUUUAACUGAGGAGGAGCAUCAAUUUCGGCGAGUCUACACCCAAAGGAAAUACCAAGUCCCGCAGCCUAUCCUCUUGUUCCUGUGUAGCUUUGGAACGGUGAUAGCAUUGAAUGGGGAGAAAUACGACCCAUACUUCCCUUCCUUGCCCCAUUCCCAAGUAGGAAACUUUGGUGGUUACUACGACCACAACGUUUAUGACGUUGAUAACCACAAUCUGUAUGAGGAGGUUCCAGCGCUGGGUGUGGUAGCAGAAGCUUGCCGUCAAUCGGCUAGCAAUGCGCCGGCUGGUGACUAUCAACCAGCAAUAUCACCUGACUCUUCUCUUCGAGCAAACCUGAAUCUGUUAGGUUACGCUCCUCUUGUCUACAGGAGGCAGGAAGCUAAGAAUAUCUUCUUGGCAAAUGGAAUCGGCGGUGAUGUCUUUCCUGAAGACAUACCAAACACAGCAAUCAACUUCGCAUUGAUUGAUUCAGUUUCCAAUGUCCUUUCCAUGUCCUCUGCAUUUAGAAUGACAGAGGUUGACUUCCCAAGCAUGCCUCCCGAAGGCAAUCGUUGCAUGCUUCUCCCGUCCACUCCUUCCGACUUAUGGAACCCAGUGGGUGUAGCAUACACCAAUGCAAAUUUCAUUACCUAUUCCCUAUUUCGAGACACUCCGACGACUUUUGGAGUAGCAUCUGUUAUGUUGCUUCAGUUAUUCAAGGAACCUCGCCCACAAGGGAAUAACCCUAAUAACGCUUGGCUAGGCUUCGACUACACAGACGAUAAGCCUGCUCCCCAAGCCAUGAUUGACAAUCGGAACCACCGUCGUCGUCAACAAAACGAUCCCCACGGCCUCCCUCAACGGUUCAACGAACGCGUGUUCUCGUGCAAUUCGGUUAACGCGAGAUCACAGAGAACCUUAUUUCUUGAAUCCCUCGAGUUGAGACAACAGUCCCAAAGGUGUCGGGCUCCCUUCUAUAAUAAGCCGCGCUGA